UCGCGACCCCGCGUGAAAACUCCGCAGGCUCGCUGUCUGGCUGGGCUCCAGGAAGAAAGGCCGAAGAAGAACCAGCAGCGUGCGUCCGCACCGCUCUUUUUUUCUUUUAUUCAAUCCAGCCAGACAGCCAACGCGACGAACGGCUUCAGACCAAAGCCCCAGCGUAGGACAUUCGCUGGACUCGCAAGCAGCAGCCACCACCGCUGAUCGAGAAGUCGUCGCAAGCGUCGACACUACACAUCUCCCCACGACUCGGGAACAGCAGCAUCCGUCGACUUGGGCGAUACGCUAUGGGGGACACUCGGAUACCGGAGCGUCCGCACUUCUCACCGCAGCGAAGCAACUGAACGUAGUGACGGGUGUGACGGUUUUGCUGGUUGCCGGAGCCCGAUAGGAGAGGCCCCACGUGGAGUGAGGAUGAUUACGUUAGAGGCCUGAGCCCCCUGAAGCCAGCAUGUACGACUCGCCGGCAUCCCUCCAGGAGUGCUGCAUCGACUUCAUCUGUGAUAACAUCGAUGCCAUAUGCGAGGUCCAGACGGACGAGCAGCAGCAGGCGGUGCGGUACUCGUUCCGGGAUCCGGACGUGUUUUUCCACCGGGAGGUGUCGCAGCAGGUGCUGGAGACACUCAGCGUGCGUGGCCUGCUCAAUGACAGCAUCCUGACGCUGUUUGAUGCGCGCUCCACUCGUCUUCAGAGGGUGCGCAUACACAAUGCUGCCAACGUCACCACCAAGGGUCUACGGGUGCUGCGCUCACACAAGCUGACGGAGCUGGAGGCCACGGGUCUGACCCGGGUGACGGUCAACGACCUGAUCGGCUGCCUGGGCGACUGGUCGCUGGCCCAUCUGCGCCUACUCAACGUGGCGCGCACGGCCUUCACUAGCUCCAAGUUCUGUGUCGUGGUGGCGCUGUCCAAGCUGCGCGGACUCACCUCCCUCAACGUCAGUGGCACCGAGUUCAACCGUCACGGCCUUGACAUCGUGGCCCAGGACUUGCCCCUCCUCGAGGCGCUCGACAUCUCGGGCACUCGCAUCAAAGACAUCUCUCCGCUUCUCCGCUGCCGCGACCGCCUGCGAUCGCUCAGCAUGUACAACCUGAAGAGCUGCGGUGGCGAGGAGGCAGUGCUGUGCCAACUGCAGCGGUUGCAGCACCUGGACGUGUCGGACGACCGGGACCACCCGCUGGACCUGCUGCACCCGCUGCGGCACGAUGUCUCGUGGCUGCUGCGGGACCCCCAGAGCUUCCCACACCUCGUCUCGCUGGACCUGUCCGGCAAGGACGGACUGACCGUCGAAGCUCUCAGGAGUUUCCUGGAGGCCCACCCAAAGAUGACCUUCCUGGGCCUGGUGCAGACGGAUGCGUGCUUUGACGACUUCUUCACUCGAGAACUUCCCGCAAACUCUGACCUUGUGAUAACCGGCUGCGCUGAUGAACGGCAGAUCCUGGAGGCCCUUCGGAGGUAUCCUGAUCGGCCAUACUAUGUACAGAAGUCACUCUACUACCUCUACCAGUACACUCUGACCUACUCACAGCCGCGGGUCGACGUCAUCAAGCUGAUCUUGCCAGGCAUGGCAGAGCACCCGCGCGUGCUGGCCAUCCAGAUGGCAGCCACGGCCUGCCUGUACAACCUGUCCAAGGGCACCCUGGGACAGAAGGUGCACCCACGGUGGCUCCGUCAAAUUGUUGAACUCACCCUCACCGCCAUGGAGAACUUCCCUCGGAACCAGCAGCUCCAGAAGAACACGCUGCUUACGCUGUGCAGCGACCGGAUCCUUCAGGAUGUGACAUUCGAUCGGUACCACUGCGCUCGGCUCGUGAUGGACUCUCUGCUCGCCUUUGAUGACCCAUCAAUGAACCGGAUGUCUGUGGCCAUCUGUUCCAUCCUGGCGGCCAAGAUCUCGACUUCCGAGACAUCGUCCCUUGGUGCCAAGCCGGAGUACAUGGAACGCCUGCUGCGCAUUGUCAAGAGCAAGCUGUACGCUGGCGAAGUGGACAUCAUGAUGAAGUUUACGCUUAGCGCCCUCUGGAAUCUGACGGAUGAGUCACCCAAGACGUGCUCUGUGUUCCUGUCCAAGGGAGGCAUGGAGCUUUUCCUGAAUGUUCUUGAGCUGUUCCUCGGGGAGAGUGCCGUAGAAACCAAGGUCCUCGGUCUUGUGAACAACAUUGCUGAGGUGCCCAGCUUGCGGAGCGACCUCAUGAAGGACAACCUCAUGUGCAUCCUACGGAACUUGCUGCACUCGACCCAGAUCGACGUGAGCUACUUUGCAGCCGGCAUCGUGGCGCACCUGGCGAGCGAUGGGCCCGAGCACUGGAACGUCGAAUGUGUCAGCCUCAAGGACAUGCUCAAGGAGCUGGGUGAGGUGGUACAAGGCUGGAAGAGCCCGGACACUGAAAUGGUGGCUUACAGGUCGUUCAACCCGUUCUUCCCGUUGCUGCGUUGCAACACAUCUUGCGAAGUGCAGCUGUGGGCGGUCUGGGCCAUGCACCAUGUCUGCUCCAAAAACCCCAAGCGCUACUGCACCAUGUUGCGGGACGAAGGAGGCAUUGAUGUGCUCCAAGGCAUGCUGGACAACCCAGACACCAACCCGGCCGUCGCCACCAUCUGUCAGAACAUAGUGGCCGUGGUUCAAAGCCAAGAGAAACUCGCCGCAGCCGCGGGCGCGACGGCAGCAGCUGCUGUCACCACAACUGGUGCCACUACGACGCUACCGGACAUCUUUCAAUGACAGCGGCGCCCUGCACCAGGAGUGUCGUCGCACAUCUAGGUCAACUCCUUAUCCUACCCCCGUGGCGCUGUGACGCGCCCGUUUUAUCCAACGCGGGACUGUUGCAGUCGUUAGCUGCCGACUGUCGACUAAGACUUUCUCUGUGGCUGACACUCAAGCCACCACGGUUUCUCUCUGCCACACGUUGGUUUGGUGUCUCAUAGUGGUCAUGCAUACUGUGCAAUUUGUGGGGGGGGGGGGCCUGUUGGCCACUCAACGCGCCGUGGAAGCAGUCGCACGAUCGUUUCCACAACGGUCCCAAGCUGCGGCAACUUCUGGCCAAUCCUAGGCCUGCCGACUCUGUCUCUUAAGUUAUUGCAAUUCUCUCAGCACAGGUCGGUGCAGUCGUGAGCCUCACAGUCACUCUCACUGUCGUUUCGUAGGUCGAGUAAGGCAUUACGUGAUCAAAUCAGAAAGUCUAGAUGCCGUCGACCAUGCGCCGCGCCCGCACUGCGACCACCAAGCAGGCGAAUGCCAGCCCACCUCGACUGUCGAUUCCCUUUCUGACUGCCAGUCUCUUGCCACUUGACUUGCGAAGGAGUUGUGCCGUGACGGGCACAUUCAAAAAGCGAAGCGCCGAAAUUACCACAGUUGUUUUUUUGGUAACUCGUUUCGUUGCUCUUCUUGCGAUGAGUAACAGUGUUGCAGUAUGGUCGUAGUCUUCUCUCCCGCUGAAUGAUAUUGCGCCAUUGCUACAUUCCCCGCGAGUGAGUGAGUCAUGCAUCUUUUCAGCGCGCUUCAUGUGAGGCAUUUUGGCCAGCAUAGCCCCGCAAAGUACGCUUUCGCGAUGCGCGCGUACCUCCAGAAACUGGCAUGUCCGUCACCGCACCUGACUGUGCAUUCAAAUCCCGGUCUGGGCAUGCCGGAAUGGCUGUGAGCAGAGACUUUUUUUUUAUUUUUUGAGGUAACCCUUCCACCCGAUGCGGAAGCUUUGUCAAGAAGUUUGUCAAGAAGAAGAAAGUGCGAUGAUUUGAAGGCAGAGAGUUGGGCUAAUUGUCUCGAUUUAGUUUUCUGGCAAUGUGCCGCAGAAAAACGCGAGACGUAAAGGAAGACGUGGCAGACACGAGUGCCACUCAAGCUCCAUUCAGCACUGGGCAGAAUAUACAGCAACGCGUAGUCAUAGGUAGACAACAAGUGGGCAUGUUAUCCAUUCAAAACCAGAGAUUUUCUUUAGUGCUGUGCAAGCGACAGGCUACUGACGUAUGUAUAUUUUUCUUUGUGAAUGUGCCAAGCCCUAAAUGAUCUCCCGUACUGUCUGGCUACAAUGCCUCGAUGAAAAGUUGAGCCCGAUAGAAGACAAGUAAACAGCCACACGAAGAAGAAAAGAAAGUGAAAAGGACAACUGGAUCCGGCAUCAACCAGUUGCGUUGUGCAGAGAGAAAUUUUUCUUUGAGCCAUCGCUUUUUGUGACUGCGUGUUAUCGGGCAUCCCUGAUUGAAACCAGAGCUGCGAAUAUGUUUGCCGUGACUUCCUUUUGCGUAUCCCGCUUUCCUGUGGCAUCACUGCCAAUGAAUUAAUGAUGCUGCGUUUGCGAACCCAAGGAAAGAUAUAAAAAACUCAAAUUUUUAGCGUUGACUGAGAGCCAGGUCAUGCACAAAUCAAGACAAAUUCAUAGUAAUGCAAUGGUGCGUAUCACUGUGGUGUGGCAUCAUGUUAUAAGAGAGCAACAGUUAGAAUGCUUCUUACUGAGCGUGUGAAACGGCAAUCUUUGCUAUUUUUUUCUGUUCUAGUAACUGCACGAGGGCCUAUUUAUGGAGAUCUGAACGUCAUUGUGUGUGUCGGGCACUUGUGCUGGUCUUAAGCAACGACUUGUGCGUUUAAUUUUUAGGGAAAGUCUUUAUUUAUUGGGAAAUACAGAGGAUGUUACUAAAGAGGAGGAGGAAGGUGUUUUUACAAUAGAAAGGUGUAAAAAGUUUAUAAAGUAAUAAGGAAAUAUGAAUAAUAUAAGUUGUGCGUGUUGCUGUGCAUUGUAAGAGUAAAAACGCAACGGUUACACAGUGUGGUUUUGUUCAGUGAGACAGCACGCUGCGUUAACAUCUUUUUGCGUGACGCAAAAGAAAGAAAAAAAGAUUCUAUUUGGAAGCACUUGCGAGUGGAACCAGAAUAUCCCAAAGGUAGUCAGUCGCUCAUGCCAUUUUCUUUGCCAUAUUUAAAUUUGAAGGAGAGGGUGCGGAUAGGAAAGAAACUGGCAAAAACUGUAUAGUGCGAAAUGCGGCAGGAUUAUUCACUGCAAGUAAUUUAAAGAGGAACUCCAGUGAGUUUGAGAAUAUUAGGAUAUUGCCAUUUUCAGAUGGUACCGACAGUCCUGUAAUGUCUAGGGUGGCUCAGUUUGGUUAGAAACUCGUCAGCAAUAUUUAAUAACCAAGAAACGAUGUGUCAAAACCGAAGCCGGUAGCUGCUUCGUGCAACGUCUACUAGGACGUCACGUUGUAGCGCAUACGACACAAGCGUUUUUUCUAGGCGACCAGUUGACAGCCAAACGGUACAAAGCCACUUCUGCCGAAGAGCGCUAUUGGAGGAAAACGAGUGACAACAGACGCUGAUGGUCUUCCUUGCUCUGCUCUUGGAACCUUCAGCACAACAGCUUUCAUCCAUCGCUUUUUAUCACACACAGUGCAGCUUACAAAACCAAACAGUUGUCUGUGGUGGCUGUCGUCUCGUCGUCGUUGUUCUUGAUCACCUAUUAACUGGUACUUACACCCAGUUGGGGGGACCGGCCAAAAAUUGAAUGUCGCAGACAGGUGUGGCAUGCAUUGAAAGGCUUGAUUCUGGUAUUGACUAUUAAUCUUAAAAUUAUGUUUUGGAAAAGCUAAAUGGCUUGCAGUCGUAUGAAUUGGCACAUAUCACCAGAGCAAUGAAGAGAACAUGUGUUGAAAGCUUUUAUCGAGAUCAGUAAACAUCAAGAUUUUGCCGGAGUUUCCCUUUAACGCUGCAGUAGAAUGGCCUUGCCUGUAAAAUAGAUUGGCCUAUAAAAUAGUUGGCGUAGUCUUACCUCAUUAAGAAAAGGUCGCAUCCGUCAUGAAAAUGGCUUCUUUAUGUGUGGUGUUCAUUAUAAGUACAUAUAUUCACUGAAUGGUGAUGCCGAUAAGAUUAUAUGAGUAUAGGCUGUGAACUUGUCAACCUAUCUUUCCUUGCAAUCAAAGUAGAAUGCGCUGUUUAUUUCCAGGACACUACACCACGCUCUGUCAUGGUUUACAGAAAUUAGUGUCUUUUUAAACUUCGAACUGCUAUCAGCCUUGUCAAGAUAAAAGUUGUACAAACGAAACAGGAUUUAAAGUAAUAUUAGUGGUAGACAUAAUAUUUCAAAUGUAAGAAAGUUUUCUACUAAACGACGAUGAUCAAAUGCCAGUUCACAAAGAAAUACGAAGAGUGGAUAAUUUCUAUGGUCAGGCUUCCUACUGAAGUUUUACUAUUGAGGAAAAUUUGGCAUUGAAGUCAGUUAGCCAACCUGGCGAUGAUGGGUAGUGCAUUGAUUUUUCCGCGCUUUCAUGUCGGACUGCUCACAGAGUGUGCUGCAGGUUCUCUUUACUGUUAUUUUGUUAUUCAGCUAUGUUGGGUGCUGGCCACGCAGUUUUCUAAUGCUGUGGAGUAAUUCACGUUAUGUAAGUAAACUUUGAUGUACUUCGCAGCAUGGUGGGUCUAAACUCCUGGACCAUGACAAGACAUUAUUGGUACAACUAUUUUUCGGUGUUCAGAAAUUUCAAUAUUUGUAAUGUUCUGAGAACGGCACCAUGGUAGAAAUUAAGGGGUAAACAAGGGCAGUGAUUGCCAUAUGGCUAAUUUCAAAUGGCGGCAUUAUGUUAUUAUUAAGAAGAUGAAGUUUUACACAAAUUCAUGUACGUUUGAACCUAGAUACAACAAAGUAAUGAUAUAACAUAAUUAAAAUAAUUUUUUUCACUGAUAUUAAUAACAAAUAAAUGCUUACAGUGGAUAUAAGAUGUAAUGAAGCUGUUUUUGUGUAUGAUGUGUUUAACUGUGUCAAUGAAGUUCCGUAGCGAUUAAUACAGCGAUGACAUGGGUAUGCUAGUGCCAAAUAUGGCUCUGGUAAUCUUAGUAUGAAAGCCUUACGUUUUUUCUUUUGGCUGCUCACCACGACUUUCUGUGAUACUAUGCGUGUAGCUUCCACAGCAUUAGCCGCAUGUAUGGAACAUACGUAAAUUAUCUUAGUUAGGGUUAGGCUCUGUAACAACCAUCAACGCUAUCACAUCAAACUAAGUAAAUUCGCAGUGCUAUGUGUCUGAAGCGCUCUGGCAUGAUAUGAUAUUUAUAUAAUCUCGUAAUAUACAAAGUAAAACUGACAACCGCAAAAGGACAUACGUGAACAUACAUCGAUGACUGCAUCUUCUGUGGUUAUCGGUUGUAAUCGGUGCAUUACAAUAUUAGAAAACAGCAGCUGGCUCGAUUUUACUCCAUCUAAUGUUUUGUAAAGGGGCUGUAGUCACACUACAGGUGCUUCCGAAAAAACCUUGAUGGUAUUAACGCGCAAACUUUGUUACGUCAUAGUGACUUUUUUUUUUUUUCCCAGUAGAUGUAGCAACGCAGAAAUCAUCUGUGGUUGAAUGGCUUGUUUCGCUUUGCAAAUGUGCAUCAUAAUACCCAGGAAAAGCGCAGUAGUGAGCAUUUAAAAUGUGCCACUUGCCUACAAAAGAGUGUCUGAUCAAACUUGUGGAAACGACGCUCGUACUAAGCUUCGUGUGCUCUGUUCAGAAGUAGUACAGUCAAGCCUGGAUAUAUCAGAUCUGAAGGGGAUCGCAAAAAACUUCUAUGUAUAGGUAAUUCGAUAUAUAAAAUAUUUUUUAUAUCGAGAAUAUAUUCAAGGGGAUAAAACAACUGUUCGAUAUACACGUUUCAACUUUAUCUGCUUUGGAGUAGCUAAAAAGAAAAGGAAAAGCAAAAAUGUAGCGGUAUUGGUGGAUUAAAAGCUUGCUGGCACGUUCUUCAAGACUGAAAUGAACUGGAAUGGAAUACGCUUGAGUUAUGGUUAAACUGCUGCGUUUGCACUGACGAGGAUGCUUAAACGAGUGCUGUGCUGAAAAACGUGCCAACUUUUGCUUCAAGUAGCUUGCCGCACAAUGUAGCGCCAAUGCAGCUUCGCUGUUCAAAGAUAACUGUUGUAAAAACUGGUACCUCAUAUUUACAAGAGCUUCACCAGCAGAAGCGAGUGCUUGCAUUUUGCAGGACGGGCAGCAUGUCAUACAAAGGGAAGGGAGAGACUAGACGCGUUUCUGACAUAAACAGCAUCCAUGUGUCAUUGAAGUUGUCUCGUCUUAGUGUAGUCUAUUAGUUCAAGUGGAACUUGGCUGUUAAGGUCGGUUACGUUGUGCCUGCUUUUGUCAAAUAUGAAGUUGAAGCGAGAUAAUGUACUACGUUGUAGCUUGUUCUACUGUUGAAUACUACGACUGCUUCGAAAGUGCAGAAGUAACGAUUGCGAAACACACUUAAAAUGUCUCGUGUCACAGUCAGUUGUUGAAAGGGACGUGAUCCUGUGGUCAACUAGUAGGAUCAACGCAAUGUAGCCUGGAGCCGAUUUUGAGGCACUGAUGGUUUCGUUUACUGGCGUCAUGGAGGAUACUAGCUGUAUUCUGCACUGUUCCGCACUCCUUGCUGGGUGUCCAGUUGUUAAGUGUUCAUCCCAGCAUGCUCUUCAUCUCGGAAACAACUGCUUGGCUGUCGCAUUCUGAAAUUUAGAUUUUAACUGUUAGCACUUGGAACAUGUAUGCUUAAUGACAGGUUGUGGCUGAAUAAUUGCUACAGGUGUGCAAAUGAUGAUUUUUGCGACCAAAGUGAAUACUAAUCCAAUGGUGACAGAAACAAAUUUAAUCAUGCAUCAAAUACUUUUAUAAUAGUACUAGUUUUCAAAUACUGAGCAGCCAUUCUUACAUUUAUCAUAAAAUGAUCUUCACAUCCUAGUAUUCACAGCUUUAGCGUUGAAAGCACCUUCGGAGCAUUGGACACUUCGUAUGCACAGAACUAUUCAGAGAGUGAGGGUGGUCUUAUAACCAUUACCGUAUGGCUUCCCGGGGAACUUGGUGUACUGCGCUACGUAAGCUGUCAUCGUUCGUGCGUGUACUACACUUGCAGUGACUAAAUUUAUCUUGCUUCUGCACCAAUUUUUUGUGCAUUUCCGUACUGUGGACAUUUAGAAAUAUUAGUAAACUAUUUGAAAAAUGUCCAUUUUAGAACAGGACACAAUUCUAUUUAGUAUUUGAAAUUUUUGAAUACUAUGAAACUCCUAGUAAUUGUGCAGCUUUAAGCCAUAAUACUGUCCCCGUUUUCCUCUUGGGACAAAGAUGCUUGUGGUGAAUGUGAUUGGCGGAUCGUUGAAGCAUGGUCGACGAGCUGGAGUGAGGACUUGUUACAAUAGAUUUGUUCUUAGAUGAGUGGUGUGUUCCUUUCGAACAGCGAGUGGGACGAACACACAAAUAGAUCACAGUACAGAGGACUGCGUUGCAUCAUUUUUGCCCUAGAAGCGGAUGAUCACUACAUGUUGGGCAUACUGUACUUGGAUACUACUGGUUCGUGAGAUAUGUAUCUAGAACAAAUUUAAUUCUGUCCUAAUUGGUGAAUUCAUGGGCACAAAAGGGGCCGAUUGCCGUCUUGAUAGAAAAUGUGGGCACUUUCCCAUCGCUGUGCCCAUUGUGGCUAUGAUGUGUAAGAAUAUUUUUGAAGUAUAUUUGAAAGCUUUGACUUGGAACAGUGCUUGCGUGUGGUCACUGGCUUUUGCAAAAACAGAAUGUACAUGCGUACGGAGUGUAAAGAAAGUGUGUGGAGUACAGAUUCUGCAGAAUGUAUGGAGUGUACAGAAAGUGUGCAUUCUCUUGUUCGUUAUUGUAAAAAAGUAUCAACUGAUAACUUAUUAAAUGUUGGUAAGGGCAGUUGUAUCAAAAUGGCAACAUAUCUUGUUAUUCGCGUCUGUAUUUGCGUUGCAGCUUGUAGUUGGUUACUCUUAUGAGAGCGCUGUAGGAAUAAAAAGGUCAUGUUUUCACUGGACCUUUUUGGAAGGCAGCGUAUGCUCUUUAAUGGCCAUUGAAGUUUGCUCCUGGAAGCCUGAAAGAUGGCAUUUCAUUAUUUGCUUCCAUUGUGGCUGCCGCACGUUGGGCGCUUGGAGUUUGUUUCGCAAUCUCUUUCGUUGCUGUGUCCCUGCAAAAAGAAAUUCAUUUGAGAAUUCUCAAAUUUCUCGAAAAAUUCAAAACUCGAAAACUUGAAAAAAGGAAAACAAGACAAGCGCCAUCAUGCUUCUUCUGUAAGCCUAAAAGAAAUGCGUUUGCUUCCCUUCACCCGGUUUCCUACAGACGCUGUCGCUAUGGCUGCUGCUUAAGGUGAAUGCCCGAUUGCUAUGCCACUAACAAAGCAAGCCUUAGCUCCAACACGAUGCUGUCUUACCAAUGUCUUUGUGUGACAUAAGCAAUUCUCUUGCCUGGAACUUGUAUAUCGCACAGCCGUCUACUUGGCACGUCUACACAGCAGGGCUGAAUCCGCCCUCAUUUUUGGCGUUCCUGCAAUCUAAUAGUUUCAACAUAACAGUGUAUGCAUAAACUGCAGCCAAAGUGCAAUACAGAUACAUCUGAGCAAAAUUGUGCGUUGCAUAUGUGCUGCCUUUGUUCCCUUUCAUGGCACAGACAACACCACCAGUGCUUGAUUGCCAUUUUAACAAUGGAGCGUGUGGAAAUCUGCCCGCCAACAAAGCUUUAAAUCAGAGAGUCUUGGGGUUGGUUUCACGUGGCAGAAAAAUUAGAGAGCACGCAAAAAUGCAUCCGCCUUCUCGUUGGUGUCUUUUAACUCUUAAGGUCUGUUGCGGCAUGGCGCCAUUCUUUUCCUUGUGCCGUUAACUUUAUCACUGUUGUGCCAUGGUGGAUGGCUGCAGGCACGUUGUUUCGGAAGGCAGGUCUUGCUGGGAUGUUGACACUUUCUUCUAGCUCUUAUCAGAACACAAAAUAUUGGAACCAGUUCUUACCAUUUCCGUGGGCACCGUUGGUUGCUUUGGCUUUUCCAAAAAGGUCUACUGUGCAACACCAGCUUCGGAAGCACGAGGCAGUAGUGGUUACGUUGCGAAUUCGUACGAAUGUUUUUCAAGUAGUUUGUUAUUUGCUAGUUGAAGCCUGUGGUCAUGUCGUGCACUGUCGACCGCUUGUGUGUGGAUUGCUGGUUAUGUCGUUCUUGGUCCUAUCUGUCCUUAUAAUAGCGUUACUUAGCUGUUCACUGUUUGCGUUGCUCUUGAAAACGAGCUGUUAGUGAGAUCAAUUGUGGCCAUUGUUCGUGGUGUGGCUUUUCCCGAAAGCCAGUGCGACAUUAGGACGGAGCCGUUGCGAAGGUAUGUGAGCCAUCUACUCCGUGUCUCAGCUCCCGACAUAUAUUUCAGAUGUCCGAGUGUUUGUCACUCUGCACAUUUUUGGACAGUUUCGAGUUGCUGUGUAGCUUCUUCAGUUUAGCGUGAGUGUAGCACGGGCACUUUUGAUUGCAAUCAGGGCGGAUCCGGAUUAGAUUUCUUGAUUGUGACCAACGAUAGUCACUGCUGCUCUAUACUAAUCCGGAUUGAGUUUGGUGCAGACGUCAGCCAAAUCGUGAUCUGGGAGCCUGAUUGCAGUGUGCAGAUCACAAUUGUCUUGAUACCGAUUGGGCCCGAUUGAGAUUGGGACCGCAUAGCAACAUCUGAUCUAGCUUGAGCUUAGUUGGGAUCGGCCCUGAUUGUGAUCAAAAGUGCCCGUGUGACGCCGGUGUAUGGCACGAUGGUUGGCGACUGGCACUUGUGCGUUUGACCUGUCAAGCUUGAAGUACGUUCUUUGAGCUUACCUCAUGUUGUAAUUAUGCUCAAAACUUAGUUCAUGAAGAAAAGUGUUCAGCUUGUGUGCUUGCUGGUCACCCAUUUGGAGUGGUUUUUGUUUGAUUGUCCUUUGUAGCAUCGUCCUCAAGAUUGACCUCUGAAGUCUGAAUUUUCUUUUCUCUGGUAUAAAGCCAGCAUUUGGAUUGAAUUUUUUUUUUGUGGUUGCCUGUUGUCAUGUUAUGGGUCCUGUUUGGAGCUCACAAUCAAGCGUAUUUAUUUGCCUGCUGCUCCUCAUAAUGCAUUCAUUACAUUAUGGUUCUUCGGAGUGUUGAGAGUGUUAGCUCCGAUUUUUUAAACUGGUGACUAUUGUUACCAGUUAGGUGAGCUCCAAUGAACAGGUAGACUCUUCUUUAGCUCAUCUGGUUCAUGUUUUACUCGGCAACCCUUUAGUUGCCACUUGCAGAGGUGUUUUUCAAUCAUUAGUCCUAGCAAGUGUGCGGCAACCAUUGCUGAACUUGACUGUGUUUGACAUCCCAAGUGUGUCUUGCGUGAACGAUGUAUGUAAGGGCACUGGAAUUCCGUUGCCCAAUUUUAUUGACUUACUUGUCAUCUAAUCAUUGCAACCCAAGUGAAUAUAGGUAACCGAUCGUUCAUUCCGGAAGUGCAGGUGAUGGUGCUGAGAAGGUAGGGGUUAGAAAGAAGGCGACGCGCAUAACUGCUUGCGUAUGUACGGCUUCAAUUUCAUGCCUUGUUCUUAGCACUGUUACCUGCAUUUAAAUAUGGACCCCUAAUUUUGCUGCCUAUUAUAAUUGUAAUUAUGCUGCCCUGCUAGCCUCUGCAGUUAGGUUAUUGACCAUUUGUUGGUCAGUAGUACCUUGUACUUAGCACUGUUGCCUGCAUUUAAAUAUGGACCCCUAAUUUUGCUUCCUAUUAACUAGCCGGCCUCUGCAGUUCUGUUAUUGACCAUUUGUCGGCCGGUAGUAGCUGUUGGUUAGUGCUGCUUUGGGAUGGUUGGGUUGAUUACAAAGUUCGGAUGGAUUACUUUGUGGCAGUCAUUUAAGCGUUACCGUUCACUGGGCUUGAUGUGCAGAAACUUGUGCAAUUUCGAAGAUCACAAGAGUCGUGUAUGCGUAGCGACUUGUAACAUACUGUGGGCACUGUGGGCCAGUGUUGGAAACUUGGCAACUUGUUUGGCUUUACACCGCAGUAGCACCUGUCCCUUACUGGUUCAGAUGCGUUGUAAUGCAGCCAGUGUGGUGAUUGACAAACGGGCACAUGCAAUCGGCAGCACUGUGAGCAACAGAGAGAUCUGAAGUCCUUUCACUCAUUUUAAUGUGAGGAGAUUUUAGUUUUUGUCUUGGCUGAAUGUUCUGGUCUGUUAUUUUUAAUUGUUUUUGAGGUGUAGUGUACUUUGGUGUCGUUAUUUAUGUGCAGUUGAAUAUGGGGAUUUCCCAAAGGAACACGGAGAAAUUUUCCUGAAGCAGCUUUGUCUCCUAGGGACACUGUGUAAGAAAUGUCAGAUUCUUGGCAUAGUAUGGUCUAAAGAAAUCAUGAACGUUAUGUAACUUAAUGCAUCACUGCACAUUUUAGUUUAGGGCUGUAUUCUGAGUUGGAGAUAUUGCCAAAAUCUCGCUUCCAGUGUGUGCCAAUUGCCUGGUUGACAAAAGUGAGCAAGUAGUCGCAUCAUUCAUUGUAGACGUGAGAAUAUAAGUCUCACAAAGCGACACUGUCGCCAAAAGUGAUUGUCUUGGAAUUCGGCGUUUGUGGGAAACUGACAUUGACUUCAACAGUAGAGCAUAGACGUUAACUUUAAAGUGAAGACAAGUUACAGUCAGCUUUUGUUCUUUCAAUCUUUAAUCACGUCACUUGUCUAAGUUACGAGAGCCGGUGAUGUUUCUUACAUGCUUGGAAACUUUGUACCCUUCAGCCACUGCUCAGAGUAUCGUGAAAACUGACUCUUCUACAACUGGCUGCGAUCAUGUUCAUGUUGGCCGUCAAGCAGCGAUGUUACGUUAGGUGCCUGGCCUUGACAGAACUGAAGGGUCUAAGUUCACCGUUCACUGUUACAAUGUUAGGAACAUCUCUGACAAUUCUUAUUUCCUUAUUCAACCACAUUUCUAUUGCUCCAAGAGAAGCAAGACUGAAAUAAUGUUUCUGCCCUCAAAGCAUGCCAGCUAUAUAAGUAUUCCUGUGCACACGCCUAAAACUUGUAUCCGAGUCUCGGUGACUAUCAAAUGUUAGCGCAGUUGUGUCAUUACAGAAAACAUCAGCUAGGUUGGCAGUGUUAAGAGCAAAGAGUGUUUAGAUUCUCCACGUGAGCAUAGUUAUUGUGUGUAGACAGAAAGCUGGCAUUCCAUAAUUCGCACUCAAUCGCUUAACACAUCACCAAUUAGCCCAAACACCUGUUGCAUGUGCUAAAAAACAAAUACGAAAAGGUCACGUAAGCCCCAUUUAUGUUUAAAGGUGGUCCAAUGUAGUUUCUGCAAGGGUAUCGGACUUGCAACACGCAACUAAACUUGGUUGCACGAAAAGCACAUUUCUUAUCGUGGACUAUCGUGGACAGCCAUAACCGUAUGUGCCACUUGGGAUGCAACAGAUGACACUUUUGCCCUGUUUUUAGAACACGGCUGCCUCGGUUAAAUGAUGAGGCAGUGGUUGCUGGCAGUUAGGUUUCUGCAGCGUUAGCAGUUUGCCAUCACAUUUGGGGCAGCUACUGAAAUGACAAAAACCGAGCUGUGAGCUGGAAAAAAACAUCUUGUGUGGUUGAGUAAAGCGUUGUUGUAUUGGUUUCAUGGCCCAGAGCUGAAGCCAUUGCGCCCGCCACGAGAAAUAACAGCCGCGAAAAAUGCUGGUGUUCCGUUCUCCGUUUCACCCUCAAUGUCUUAUGUCGUAUCGUCGGAUGACUGCGAUUGGUGAAGUUGUGCUGUUGUGAAAAAAAAAAAAAAGAAAACCAUUGUGAUAACCCUCAGUCGAUUGUUGGCGACUGUUCGUUUCUUUUUUUUUCCUUUGUUGUUUUCUUUUGCUUUGUGACAUCACAUGUGAUGCAGAGUCUGUUGCUGUUGUUUGAAGAGACUUCUAUAUAUAUAUAUAUAUAAUAUAAAUUCUAUAUGUAUACAUACUUA